UGGGCUCGGGGGGUAGUGGAAAGGGAGGGCGGGGUGAAGUCUCUGUGGAGCCCGCAGGCUUCACAAUGAAGAGGAAUUGGGGGUUCGGGAGGGAGAAGGGCAUGUCGCCCUUGGGCUCCGCUUCUGGCUUGCAGAGGCAGGGCAGGGGCGUUGGGCAGAAGAACAAUGGAAUUGACAACUUGCUGCUGGGUUACCAUGUCCAAGACAGAGAUCUCAGAAAGAUCCACAAGGCUGCCUGUGUGGGCAACGCAGCGCAAGUGCAGCAGAUUCUGUUCUUCGCGGAAAAUGGCGUGGAUGAUAGAGACAAAAUGAACAGGACUGCUCUCCAUUUGGCCUGUGCCAAUGGCCAUCCAGAAGUGGUGAGCCUCCUAGUAGAGAGGAAAUGUCAUCUUAACCUCUGUGAUCAUGAAAACAGGACAGCUCUCAUGAAGGCCGUACAGUGCCAGGAAGAGAAAUGUGUAAACAUACUAUUGGAAAAUGGUGCCGAUCCAAAUAUUAGGGAUGUGAGUGGCAACACUGCUCUCCACUAUGCGGCCUUUGGUGAUAAUAUAUCCAUAAUAGAGAAGCUGCUGCUAUACAAUGCGAAUACUGAAGCAAGAAAUAAGGUAAAGAACUAAUUUAUACAUUAUUUGAAAUUUUAUAUAUAC